UGCGUGUGUGUGUUUAUAUAGGCCGUUAACACGUUCAGCGGGACGGAAGCCGAACGGAAGGACCGGCCGCGGGAAAUGAUGAUGAAGAUGCUGCGUUGAGCCGUAAUGGCGGACUGGAGCGAGUGUGUGGAUGUGGCCGUGGAGAUCGCUCGGAGAGCCGGACAGAUGGUGUCAUGUGCUGUUCAGCAGGAGAAGCGUGUGAGCAGUAAAAGCACACCGACAGACCUGGUGACAGAAGCAGAUCAUCAGGUGGAGGAGCUGAUCAUCUCCACACUCCGAGAGAAAUACCCCACACACAGGUUUAUCGGAGAGGAAUCGUCAGCCGCUGGUGUGAAGUGUGAGCUGACAGACAGUCCUACCUGGAUCAUUGACCCCAUCGAUGGCACCUGUAACUUUGUGCACAGUUUCCCCAUGGUGGCAGUCAGCAUCGGGUUUGCUGUGAGGAAAGAGCUGGAGUUUGGUGUGAUCUAUCACUGUUUCGACGGGACGUUGUAUACGGCCAGGAAAGGACACGGAGCCUUUUGCAACGGCGUUCGGCUACAGGUUUCCAAAGAAAAAGACGUGUCGAAGGCUCUGAUCCUCACAGAGAUCGGGGCAAAGAGAGACUCUGCAACACUCGAUAUAUUUCUAGGAAACAUGAAGAAGAUACUGAGCGCACCGACUCAUGGCGUGCGGAUCAUCGGCAGCUCGACUCUCUCUCUCUGUCAGGUCGCCAGCGGGGCGGCGGAGGCGUAUUAUCAGUACGGUCUGCACUGCUGGGACAUCGCAGCAGCCGCCGUCAUCAUCCGAGAGGCUGGAGGCUGUGUGAUGGACACUACAGGCGGUCCACUAGACCUGAUGUCCAGGCGUGUUGUGGCUGCAGGGACGCGUGAGGUCGCUGAAUAUGUGGUCAAACAGCUGCAGCCCAUCAACUACGGCAGAGACGACCUCUGACUGACCUCUGAGUGACCUCUGAGUGACCUCUGACCCCAACCUGAGCCUUUUACCUCAGAACACACACACAAUCCUGCCACGCCACUACUGCAGUGUCCACGUCCACAUUCAUAGACAAACAAACACAUACAGUAUGCUCUCACACACACACACACACACACACACACACACACACACACACAAGGAAGCACACACUUUCUCUCUUUUGCACAUGCCUACAUACACAUACACUCACUCACAUGUGCACAUAUACUCUCUCUGUGCACACACUCAUACACACUUUCUCUCUCUCACACACACACACACGGUUCACUGUAUGUUUAGCUGCUCCUAGAAUCUGCUCCUGCUCAUUGGUUCUUCACAGCCAGACAGAAUAUGCAGAUUUGAUUGAUUUAAUUAUGAAGAAUGAUGAGGAGAGACUUCAAUAACAGGAAAUAAUCACGUCUGAACUCAUGGAAACUUUACAAUGCAGAUACAGUUAAAGGCACUCGUUUAACAAAGCUACAGUAGCGCUCUCAUGUUAUAUACACUCACCGGCCACUUUAUUAGGUACACCUGUCCAGCUGCUCAUCAACUCAAAUGUCUAAUCAGCCAAUCACAUGGCAGCAGCUCACUGCAUUUAGGCAUGUAGACAUGGUCAAGACGAUCUGCUGCAGGUCAAAGCGAGCAUCAGAAUGGGGAAGAAAGGGGAUUUAAGUGACUUUGAACGUGGCAUGGUUGUUGGUGUCAGACGGGCUGGUGAGCGGCAGUUCUGUGGGCGCAAAUGCCUUGUUGAUGCCAGAGGUCAGAGGAGAAUGGCCAGACUGGUUCCAGCUGAUAGAAAGGCAACAGUAACUCAAGUAAGCACUCGUUACAACCGAGGUCUGCAGAAGAGCAUCUCUGAACACACAACACGUCCAACCUUGAGGCGGAUGGGCUACAGCAGCAGAAGACCACACCGGGUGCCGCUCCUGUCAGCUCAGAACAGGAAACUGAGGCUACAAUUCACACAGGCUCACCAAAACUGGACAAUAGAAGAUUGGAGAAACGUUGCCUGGUCUGAUGAGUCUCCAUUUCUGCUGACACAUUCGGAUUGUCGGCUCACAAUUUGGCCUCAACAACAUGAAAGCAUGGAUCCAUCCUGCCUUGUGUCAGCGGUUCAGGCUGGUGGUGGUGGUGUAAUGGUGUGGGGGAGAUUUUCUUGGCACACUUUGGGUCCAUCAGUACCAAUUGAGCACCGUGUCAACGCCACAGCCUACCUGAGUAUUGUUCUGACCAUGUCCAUCCCUUUAUGAGCACAGUGUCUCCAUCUUCUGAUGGCUACUUCCAGCAGGAUAACGCACCAUGUCAUAAAGCACCAAUCAUCUCAGACUGGUUUCUUGAACAUGACAAUGAGUUCACUGUACUCAAAUGGGCCUGCACAGUCACCAGAGCUCAAUCCAAUAGAGCACCUUUGGGAUGUGGCGGAACGGGAGAUUGGCAUCAUGGAUGUGCAGCUGACAAAUCUGCAGCAACUGCGUGAUGCUAUCAUGUUAAUAUGGAGCAAAAUCUCUGAGGAAUAUUUCCAGUAGCUUGUUAACUCUGCCAU